AUAAUUUAGGGACAUAAGAAAUCACCAGAGUACAUAGCCUCUCUCGGACCAACUAAGGAUGCAAUGAAUACUUACAAAGACUUUUGGGAGAUGAUAUGGGAAGAAAAAACAGAUAAAAUUAUUAUGUUGACAAAUCUAGAUGAGUCUGGGAAAAUGAAAUGUGAGCAGUACUGGCCGGAUCAAGGGAAAACAAAGAAUUACCAUGGAUACAAAGUUGUGUGCAUUGCUGAGAAAAUAUUUUCAGAAUUCACUUUAAGGGAGUUUUCUGUUAAUGUGCAGGGUUCUGGAUCAAGGAAAGUGACACAAUAUCACUAUACCGCUUGGCCUGACCGAUCUGUUCCAGAUAAUGUUGCCUCUCUGAUAGAGUUUAGGAACAAAGUUGAACAAACAAAGUCAAACGAUGCUGGCCCAAUGGUAGUGCAUUGCAGUGCAGGAAUCGGUAGAACUGGAACCUAUAUCGCAUUAGAUACUCUUAUACAGGAAAGCAUGGAUGAUAAUUAUGUUGACAUUUUUGGUCGUGUUAUGGCGCUACGUGGACAAAGAGGUCACAUGGUGCAAAACUUGGAACAGUAUAUAUUUCUUCACCGAUGUCUUCUGUAUGCCCUCACGUGCGAUCCCGAUCCACUUCCGGUCACGCAUAUUCCUCGUUUGAUGACAGAUGAUAAAAUAUCACAUCAAUUUCAGACAUUUACUGAUGUUGUUAUGCCGGAAGACUUGGAUGGGAAAUCAUCUGCUAACAAGAAAAUAAGGAAGGAAAAUAGACACGGAGCUGACAUUCCUGGCGAUGAUUACAGAGUGAGACUGUCAUCAACAAAGCAUGACUACAUAAAUGCUGUUUAUGUAAAAGGAUACGAAAAUCCAUACAAAUUUAUUGUAUCGCAGACGCCAAUGCCGAAUACAGUUGAAGACUUUAUAUCGAUGCUUUAUCAAGAAAAAUGUGCUGGUGUCAUUAGUUUAGACGACGAAAACCUAAAAGAUAAAUCUGUCGGACAUUAUUUACCACAAGAUGGAAAGGCGUUCAAAGUUGGUCAUUUCCAAGUAACUUGUAAGACGGUUGACACAACGGAUUAUGGUACAAUACGAGACAUGACAAUAUCACGCACUGGAUUGGUAGAUGUUUUAUUAUUUAUUUAGAUGAAAAUAAGUUAUGAGGAUUAUUACGUCAGAUCUUUUUGAUGUCCCGAUGCAUAAAAGUAAAGGUUUCGGCUUUUCCUUCCAGAUUCGAAUAUUUUUGUUUUUCAUUUAAAAUACAUCACAUUCAUUUUGUUCACUGGUCAAGAUCAAACAUUAUUCUGCAAGAACAAUGAACGUUUUGAAAAAGGAAAUGUGUGCAGAAUUUGGGAGUUGUAGCUAGUCAGUAGUGAUCUAUUGUUAUAUCUAUCAUCACAUAAUUUCAAUCCAGAUCUUCAUAUUAGAUUAUGUAUGAUUA